AUGGUGCGUCAGCUGCACGACGGUAUGAUGGCGCAAGUCACGGACAACAGAGCUGUCUCAGAGGCCUUCUCAGUGACCAACGGAGUGAAGCAGGGAUGCGUGCUGGCGCCUACCCUCUUCAGUCUUAUGUUCUCUGUCAUGCUGAUGGACGCCUACCCUGAUAAACGUCCCGUGAUCCGUAUCGCCUACAAGACGGACGACCGCCUUCUGAAUCAACGGCGGAUGCACUGCCAAUUGCGCGUCUCCAAAACCACCGUUCACGAACUUCUCUACAUUGACGACUGCGCCCUGAACGCCACCCCGGAAGAGGAGAUGCGACGGAGCAUGGACCUCUUCCUUGCCGCCUGCGAGAACUUCGGUCUAGUCAUCAACACGCAGAAGACGGUGGUGAUGCAUCAACCGCCACCCAACUCAGCCACUCCUCCAAACGCGCCGCCGGCGCAAAUCAGUGUAAACGGAACCCAACUGCAAGUGGUGGAGAACUUCCCGUACCUGGGCAGCACCCUCUCCCUUAACACCAAAAUCGAUGACGAAGUCGCCAACAGGAUCUCGAAAGCCAGUCAAGCCUUCUACCGCCUCCAAAGCACAGUUUGGAAUCGUCACGGUCUACAACUAAGCACGAAGCUGAAGAUGUACAUGGCCGUCAUCCUGCCGACGCUGCUGUACGGAGCGGAGACUUGGACAGUGUACACAAAGCAGGCACGUCGACUGAACCACUUUCACCUCAGUUGUCUCCGUCGCAUCCUGAGGCUGAACUCACAGGGCCGAAUCCCCGACACUGAUGUGCUGGAACGAACGGGAAUCCUCAGCAUCUACACCAUGCUGAGACAAAUGCAGCUGCGCUGGAGCGGCCACUUGGUGCGCAUGGACGACGAGCGACUACCCAAACGACUCUUCUAUGGAGACGUCGCGACGGGCUCUCGCCGUCAAGGAGGCCAAAUUCGCCGAUACAAGGAUACUCUGAAAUCCUACCUGAAGCAUCUGCAAUCAACCCGACCAACUGGGAAGAGCUCACUCUCGACCGACCGACCGGAAGGAGGACAGUGA